AUGCGGCGCCUGAGCUCCAAAGGCGGUGGCAAGAACUGUAGUCUCAAGACCGAGGACGACGUCGAGGAACUCGUGCAGACGCUCGUGGCGCAGAUUCACGCCAAGCUCAAGAGCGAACUGAACUUGCGCGAGGUCUUGAUCCCCAAUGCGAAAGCUGAGGCGCGCUGCAGCAUCUUUGUCUCGCCCAACUACGCGGCGUGUGCCAAGCUCUGCGUCUUCAUGCAGCCGGGCGAAGGGAUGCAGCCAGGUAUGUGGAGCAAGACGAUUCAUCCAAAGACGGGGUUCCAGGGCUCAAUGAUUCCGUACUUGAAGACGGCCAUUCAGGGGGGAUACGGCGUUGCGAUUUUGAACCCCAGUACGAACUUCUGCGUAGUCAACGGCCAUCGAGCCAAGAUUUUGCACUCGUCGACGCCUGAGGCCCACGUGUCGUACGUCUGGAAGAACUAUAUUGUGCCUAACGCAGCGCAGGAGAUCAGCUUUAUUGUGUACGACCAUGCUGGUGUAUUGCUGAAGACGUUCUUGUCCUCGCUUAGUACACAUGAACAACAGCGGGUUGGCGGCAUUGCGUUUAUUGAGUCAGCGCACCAGAUUUCGUCAGGAGACUCCGCUGCGUUACGAGAACUGCUGCGUGACAAAGCGGUAAACUUCGAGGCUUCGACGGAGCCCAUGUUUACGGUCAUUGGGUCGUCGCAGGCACGACUUGGAUGCACAUCGCUGUCGGUGGGACGCACUUCAAGCGAGGCAAACAACAGCGAGUGGACGGUCCACUCUGUGCAAACGUCCGCUUUCGUUUUUCUGCACUCCAUUGCAAAUGGGAUCGAAGAUUCUUUGCACGCCAUUCGUGCUACAUUUCCCAACAAGCUUAUUGUGACGGUAAAUCGUGCGCGGCUUACUGGCCAGCCAUACAAUAACCCGUUUGCCGUGGUGCAAUGCGCGGGGCAGAAGAAGGAUACGGUGGGAAGUCAUAAGCACACGAUGGACCCGGAAUGGAAUCAAACGUUCUCUUUCCCUGUCACGUCCAUUGAAGCAAAGGUGGUUGUCGUGGUGAAAGACCGAUCAUUUCCGAUGAACACGUCUUUGGGCCAGGUCGUUGUUAACAUGAGUGAGGUGGGGCUCAAUCGCGCUGAUCGACGAUGGUUCUCUUUGCGCGACGAGAAGUUGCCAACGGUACACGGUAAUGGCGAGGUUGAGCUAACACUUGAGUGGUUGCACGAUACCUUCGUUGCUCGUUCUGACUCGUUCAUUCGUGGAAAUCGCAUGCCAACGCUGGAAGCCCAGCAACGGGAUCGCCAGAGCGCGGACGAUGAGAACUUCUGCUACCUGUGCAAGACUACUUUUGUAUUGCGCCGGCGUCGAUAUUGCCGUAUGUGCUUGCGUCUAGUUUGCGCAUCGUGCUCUGAUCGCUUGUUCCUUCCUGGAUUCAGCGAGCCAAAACGAGUAUGCUCGGGCUGCUGCGAUCUUCAAAUGAUGCUGCACAACAAGCUUCCACAAAUGAGCCCGAAUGGUCCAGCACGAGCACCGUCUCAAGAUAAACUGGAUGAGCACGCCCAGCGUAUGGAGGCGAUGCGAAAGCGAGAGGAAGCUGAGAAGCGCCCUCUUUCGAUCAGCGACUUUGAUCUGCUUAAGGUUGUCGGUCGUGGCGCCUUUGGUAAGGUGCUUCUUGUCCGCAAGAAGGACGGCAAGAAUUCUGGCCAAAUUUACGCGAUGAAAAUUCUUGUGAAGUCCCAUAUUAUCAAGAAUGAUCAAAUCGAGAAUACGAAGGCAGAGCAGCACAUUCUAAAGGAAAUCAAUCACCCGUACGUGGUGCGACUGCGGUUUGCAUUCCAGAAUGCUGACAAGCUGUAUCUGAUUAUGGACUACUACCCGGGUGGUUCGAUGUUCUACCACCUGCGCAAAUCGAAGCGUUUUUCCGAGGACCGCACGCGGUUGUACAUGGCACAGUUGCUGACAGCCCUGAUGCAUCUUCAUAGCAAACAGAUUGCGUACCGUGACCUGAAGCUCGAGAAUAUUUUGAUGGAUCCCAAGGGUAACAUCGCUUUGACCGAUUUCGGCUUGUCCAAGGAGGGUCAGAUGGUGGAAGGUGCCAUACGUUCCUCUCAAGCUGACACGGGCAUGAAAACCAUUUGCGGUACAGCGGAGUACAUGGCGCCAGAGUUACUUCGUCACCAGGCGUAUGGCAAGGUGGUCGACUGGUGGAGUUACGGUAUUUUGCUGUUCGAAAUGCUGACCGGCCGAACACCGUUCGUUGACCGCAAUCGUCGGCAGAUGUUCAAGAAUAUUAUGCAGUCAGAGGUGAUAUACCCGUCACAUAUUUCACCAGGGGCGCGGUCGCUGAUCUCGAAGCUGUUGAACCGCGAUCCGUCAAGGCGACUCGGAGGCGGUCCAAACGGCGGCCGUGAUAUCAUGGCUCAUCCUUUUUUUGAAGUAAUCGACUGGGACAAGCUGCUGCGGAAGGAGAUAGAGCCUUCUUUUGUUCCUGACGUCAACAGCGUCGAUGAUAUCACGAACGUGCCCGAGAUGUUUCAGAACAUGGCGGCCGUGGACUCCCCCGUCAACAAAAAGAAUGGCGAGGGUCAUCAUUUCGACGACUUUACGUACCAGGAGGAAGGAUAUAUAAUGCGUGUUACGCAUACCUGA